AUGCCAGACUUUGUGCCGAAGCCAUACACCUGGGGGAAGUUUGAUCAAACAGAGCCGAUGACAUAUUUCUUUCUGUCCGAGUUCGUCGACAUGAGCGACGAGGUACCGGAUCCCAGUCAACUAUGCACCAAGCUCGCCCGGUUACAUCGCGACAGCAUCUCCCCGACGGGAAUGUUUGGCUUCCAUAUCACGACUUGUCAGGGAAAUACGCCUCAGAGCGUCGCUUGGGAGAGGAGCUGGGCUGUGUUUUUCUCCAAGCUUCUCCGACACGUCCUGGAGCGGGAUUCCCGGGUCAACGGAGCCUGGGAAGAUCUUAAUAUACUCUCACAAAGAGCCGUGGAACGUGUCGUUCCCCGGUUGAUCGGAGCACUCGAGGCUGAAGGACGCAGUGUGAAGCCUUGUUUGAUCCAUGGCGAUUUGUGGGAGGGGAACACGGGCACUGCGUUUGAAUCGAGGAACAUCUACAUCUUUGACUCUGCUGCAUUCUAUGCACACAAUGAGAUGGAGAUCGGCAACUGGCGAUGCAACUACAACAAGAUCCAUAAUAAAGUGUACACACGCACAUAUCUGCGUCACUGGGCGCCGAGUGAGCCACGACAGGAAUGGGAUGACCGGAUUCGCAUGUAUUCGGUAUAUUACAAUGUCAUCUACUCGGUCAACCAUAGCAGCCAGGGAACUGCUGUCCGUCAGGCGGCCUACGAUGACUUGUACUAUUUGGUCGAUAAAUAUGCGCCUUUUGAGGGUGCAGGGCCUCGGAGAUUGGUUGAGACUGAGCGAGCUCAAUUGUCAGAUGAGCGUGAUCAUACGAGAUGA